ACUUCCAAACUUGUCCCACUGGCCACUGAACUUCAAUAUGUUACUGCCCAUUACUCAUCGGCUGAAAUCUGUUAAGUGACGUACCAACGUGGUAGAUGGAAAGUCUAGCUGGCCGGUUAAAUCAGUCCAAGUGUUAAGUGUUUUUUCAUCAGCUCCACAUCAGCCGAUACAAACACGUCUUUGCCAUAUUCAUUCACGCCUUUCACUUUCACUGAACCCCAAAUCAUUUCAUCCCCUCUCCUGCAAUCUUCCCCCACCCAAUACGAGAUCGAAGCCCUAAAUCCCCCAAAUCGAAACAAAGCCAACAAUCGAAAUCGAAGCCACUAAAUCUACUGAGCUCGAAAGAAUUUUACUCAGCCAAGGUUCUUCCUGCCUUUGUUGAUUGUUGAAAGAGCCCAACCGAACGUGAAGAAGCCGUAUCCAUUUCACUACAGUACGAGCUAAUGGACGGACGACGCGAAGAUGUGUUUUCUAACUUGUGGCUCACACAUGGCGGCAAGGGAUAUGUGAACGAAAACAUAGGUUGCAGCGUUUCAAGUGGAGCGAAGUUACUUACCACGAAGAAAAUGUGCAAUUUGAGGGUGAGCCAAGUGGUGCACCGACAAUUUGAGAUCGACAAGGGCAUGACCACAACAACGAGCGAAAUCUGCCGAAUUGAAAGAUGCACAGCCACGAUAAAUUAUGUGAUAUCAGUUAGGUGUUUUUGGUUUUUUGGUAAUGUUGGAAAUUAUGUGGGCAUAGAUUCUUAUCGUCUUCUUUUUGUCCAAAUAAAAUCAAACAUUUGGUCCUUGGAAUUUUGCUUUUGUAUGUAUCCGGUAAUUACUUUUGUAUGUAUGUGGAUGGAUGUGGAAUGGAUACUAGAAUUUGGCAAUCGGCAGCUCGCUUUCACUGCUAUAGUUCAUUUGUAAUGCAACAUAGUCCACUUUGCAGCUUCAGUUCAGUGCUAUGUAGUAGAACAGAUUUAGUUCACUUUGUAAUGCAAUUUCAGCUUCUGUUCAA